AGAAAUUCAUUCACCGGGUACUGGUCCCAAUGAUACGCACUGAUGUCUCUGGGAUGGAGCGCGUAAUUGUGCGCCCCGUGUGAUUGGGAAGCCGCUCCUAUUGGCCAUUCAGGCUGAAUUGGGCCUCGCUGGUUGCCAAGAGGCUGAGCUGCUUCCAUUCCGAGUGGCCGUCCUGCUGCUGCAGCGCUGUGUAUGGUAAGCCUGUGUAUGGGAAGCGUGUGCCCCCUGAUAGUAGGAGGAUGCCUGAGAUGUCUAUAGGGAUGGAAGAUUCAUUAUUUAGUGUGGAUAAAGCAGGACCGGGCAAAGAUGCUUCUGCUGCGAGUGCUGAUUGUAACCAUAUGGUAGCUGAGGAUGGCAUCAUAACAGAGCAACAUAAGGAAAUACCUCUAGUGGCCUUGAAAGUGCCAGAUGGACAUGCACCCAUAGAUGAAUGCGAAUUGCUCAACAGCGAUGACCAGCUGCCUAAAGCAUCGCAAAACCAGACCAACAUCUGCAUGAGGAUAAGGGCAUUUGCCUGUCCUCCACAAGGAUGUUUCUCUUUGGCAAUUACAAAUGUUACCAUGGUGAUAUUAAUUUGGGCCGUUGUCUGGUCUAUAACUGGCCCUGAAUGUCUGCCUGGAGGAAACCUUUUUGGAAUUCUAGCUCUUCUCUUUAGUGCUGCCCUUGGGGGCAAACUUAUUAGUCUCAUCAAGAUACCAAGCCUUCCUCCUCUGCCUCCUCUCCUUGGGAUGCUGCUAGCUGGUUUUCUUAUACGAAAUAUCCCUGUAAUCACAGACCAAGUCCAAAUUCAUCAUAAGUGGUCUGCAGCUUUGAGAAACAUUGCAUUAGCCAUUAUUUUGGUACGAGCUGGUCUUGGACUGGACCCAAAGGCUUUAAGAAAACUAAAGGCAGUCUGUUUACGCCUUUCCUUUGGUCCCUGUGUUGUAGAGUCUUGCACAGCAGCAGUUGUCUCCCAUUUUAUAAUGGGACUCCCCCUUACUUGGGGAUUUAUGCUGGGCUUUGUCUUGGGAGCUGUAUCUCCUGCUGUUGUUGUCCCUUCUAUGCUAAUUCUACAAAAAGAAGGGUUUGGGGUAGAUAAAGGUAUCCCGACCCUGCUCAUGGCAGCUGGAAGCUUUGAUGAUGUCCUGGCAAUUACUGGCUUCAAUACUUGUUUGGGCAUGGCCUUCUCCUCUGGCUCCACCCUUAACACCAUUGUGAGGGGUGUACUGGAAGUGGUGGUUGGCAUAGCAGCUGGGCUUCUCUUUGGAUUUUUUCUUCAUUAUUUUCCAAGCAAAGACCAGGAAAAUCUAAAAGGGAAGAGAUCUUACCUUAUUUUGGCCCUGUCGGUAUUUGCUGUGUUUGGCAGCUUGUAUUUUGGCUUCCCAGGAUCGGGAGGACUGUGCACACUUGUUAUGGCUUUUCUAGCUGGAAUUGGGUGGUCAACUGAUAAGACUGUGGUUGAAGAUAUUAUAGCUGUCUCUUGGGAUAUCUUCCAACCAUUGCUUUUUGGUUUGAUUGGAGCUGAAAUAUCUGUUGCAUCACUGAAACCAGAGACUGUUGGUCUGUGUACUGCCACUCUGAUCAUCGCCUUGAUAAUUAGAAUAUGCAUCUCAUUCUUAAUGGUAUGCUUUAGUGGUUUCAGCCUCAAGGAGAAGAUCUUUAUUUCUUUGGCAUGGAUGCCCAAAGCCACAGUGCAGGCUGCUAUAGGUUCUGUUGCCCUGGACACAGCAAGAACCCUAGAAAACAAACAGUUUGAAGACUAUGGGAUGGAUGUGCUUACUGUUGCUUUCCUAGGGAUUCUGGUCACAGCACCAAUAGGAGCUCUUGUUAUAGGCCUAACUGGACCAAAAAUGCUUGAGAAAUCUGAAAGCAGAACUGUUACGGAGGAAGGUUCUGUGUAAACACAAUUCCUCCUCUUUCCCCCGUGCUGGCCAUGGAGGGCAUUAACGGCUACUGACUUUUUUUACCUGCAAUGGAGAUUUUGUUGUUUUUUUUUACAAAUCUAAUCAGAAGCAAAAUAUUUUCUGUGCAAAAGAUGCAUUUGUUUACAAUUUCAAUGUCUAUGGUAUUAAAAACCAAAGGUUUACAGUACAAAAGACAAUGCAAUUAGUGGGUGAAAGAACAGAAGUGAAAAUGAUGCACCUUUUGUGAUGCAGAGCUGGUACAGGAAGGAGGGCUCUCAUGGGCAAUGCAAUGUUUGUCCAGUUUCAAAGGAGGGGAUUCUUCUCAUGCAAGUUGUGGUUCUAUAAUGUAGUGAGUGCCAAAUGUUGCCUAUUCUAAGGCAUAGUUUUUUUUUUUUAACAUACACCUGCUGAUUUGUUAUUAAUGUAUUUGUUCAAAAAUAAUUAGGUGGCAGGAUUGCCAAAUAUGGCAGGGGCAUUACAAUAAAACAAAAUGCUCCCGUCAUAUUUCUGCAUUUAACCCCAUUACAUUGGCCCCCAGAAACCCUCUGCAACCAUAUCACUGGCUACUUAAAAAACCUGUCUAGGACUUCCUAUUACACCAAAAUACAUAGAGAUUGUUAUUCAUGCCCAUGAUGGUUCCAGUUGUCUGCUUGGAUAGCUGUGACCCAAGUUCCUGUUUGUAUGCUUAGCUCACAGACCUUGGUGAUCUCAACAGGGAGCUGGAAACAACACGGUACUAUUUUCCCUGUUUAGAGGGGAGGGGGGCAAUCUUGCGGGGUUAUAUUUAGGGAAAAUGACAGGGAGACUUUACAUUUCCUAUAUUAUAUAUAUAUAAAUUGCUUUUUUAUAUAAUUACUACAUACAUUCAUACACAGCACAAUGACAGUAGUAAAUAUUUCCAGGUGUAGCCAGUAUCCCUCUGUGGGUUACACAUUAUGGUUUCAGUGCAAAUGACAGCGCUUGUUUGUAGACUUACACAAAUCUCGAUUAUUUAUUCAAACAAAUGUUUAUUUUUAAACUGAUGAGUGUAUUUAUAGAGCUGCCGUAUAUUCACUGUAAAACAGAUCAUUGGGGAUCAUAGUUUGCGCUGUAAUGAUGAAACGGAGAGGAAAAAAAUGUAAAAAAACAAAUGAAAGAAAACAAUUAUGUUUGUUGGGUGAUUGAAACUACGUAGUGCUUAUUUAUGAACAUUGGCACUAUUGCACAACUGUAGUUGCCAACGGUAACCAAUCAGGUCUUUGCUUUCCAGCUUGGGGUAGAUUGUUCAAAACUACUUGUUAAUUGGUUGCUAUUUGCAACAGCACUUGAGCAAUCUAGCAACUGCAUUUGUAAAUCUGCAUCUCUGUCUAUAUCCCUGUGUGUUAUAUCAAAGAGAUGUAUCUGCAGGACCGUUUCUCCUGUUUGGUUAUAAGCUAGUGUUUUUCAGAGGCAGUAACAAAACAGGGCUAACAGCCUAAAAUGCAGAGAUUUGAAAUGAAAUAAUUUUAUAAUGCAUAUAGUGCAGGUCCCCAACCUUUUUUUUUUUUUAACCUGUGAACCACAUUCACAUGUAAACACAGGCACUAAAAAAAAAAAAAUUCCUAGGGGUGCCAAAUAUGGACUAUGAGGGACUAUGUGGACUGACAGCCUACAGGAUGUUUUUAUGCAAAAUGUGCCUCCAAUCCAGAAAUUCAAAAAAGCGCCUGCUUUAAGACCGCUGGGAGCAACAGCCAAUGGGUUGUUGAGCAACAUGUUACUCGCAAGCCACUGACUGGGGAUCACUGAUCUAGAGUGUGGUCAGUGCAGCACAUCAGCAAUACAAGAUCCAUUAGAAGUGGUAGGUGGUCCAAAAAUGUCAUUAUUACCAAUGUCCUGAUAUUGUCCUCAUCUGAUCAGUAAAAAAAAUCCACACUGAA